GCGGUAAACGAUAAGAUGGUGUUUUUUAUGUCGUAUCCGCCGACACGGCGGCAGUUAGUAGUGUCGGUGGGUUUUUUCGCGGCGGGCGUUUCUCUCUUCGUCGCCGGAGCGUAUCUCUCACUCGCCAACAUCUCACCGCAACAAGCUCGCGUCAAAGCUCGUAAUGAUUUCGUCAAGGAUCGAAUCAGGAAAUGGCUCGACGAUUAGUGUCUUUUUUUCGAUCUUGUAGGCGUUCUAACUCUUAAAUGAUAUAAAUCAAAAGACGAUUUCGUGUAAAUUCAUGCUCUUACAUGUUUGGAUCAUUACCAGUUCAAAUUCAUGUUUUAUGUCACUUACAGAUGAGAGAAUCACUCUUGACAAAACGAGCGAACAGAGAAAAAAUGUAGAUGUAAAGUCUUUAGAUUCUGUUAUCUCUGCGCUGAAAAUGUGAAUAAAAUUUCUUG